ACAGAACCACCCUCUCGGAACACCUGGCGGCUCCACAGCGACCUCUAGCGGUCACACUCAGGAUAAAGUACACCUCCAUUUUCCUUUUCGAUUCACCAACCGUUCCCGUCGAGAAGCUCGGAAACAGUGUCUGUUUUAUGUCUAACUUUAGUGUACAUUGACGAACCUCACUCACAAUGCUGAGCAUAUCACUUUUGAAGGUUGAAAGUCCGUCCUGUCUCUGGGGGCGGGUUGUUCGGGGUCCCGGCGGUGAAGUAGAGACCGCAGAUGAGUACGACCGUCUGCUGGCUCAGAUGAACCUCUUCUACCACGACGUCACUCAAGACCUGCGCCAGCUGAAGCCCACAUCGUUAGAGGAGGGGCAGGUGUGUGUGGUGUACUGGUCGGUGAUGAAGUCGUGGUGUCGGGCUGUGGUGGAGUCGAUCAUUAUGGACUCGGUGACCUGUCGGGCUUGCUGCCUCCUGGUCGACCACGGAGAACGACUCGUCGUCCCCUCAGAACAGAUCCGAAUCGCGGUGCAGACCUUCCUCCAGCUGCCUUUCUGGGUGAGGAGGUUCCACCUGGCGGGAAUCAAACCAACAACCCUGCAAGUGUCUGUCUAUGAGGAGAAGGCAAAGCUCAUUACGUCCACUCGAUGGGACAGCUCUUCUACACUCUACCUGCACAACCUGCUGCAGUGUAAGAAACAUGGCAGAUGGAUGACAACAGAUGUUCUUUUAAAAGCAACAUCGUCCACUCAGACAGAGGCCGUGUUGCUUGAAUCCGAGUCAGACUCCACCUCCGUUGAGCUCUACCUGCGCGUGGGGAACAUCAAGAUCUGUGUGAACGACGACCUGGUGGCCAAGAAGUUUGCGUAUUACAGCAGAGAGUCGGCUGACGGCGGCGAGCUGAACGAUUUCGACAAACUUCCUGUCAUGUUGUCCUCCAGCAUCUUAACCCAGACGGUCUGCACAAGCUCAAACAAGCCGACAGCGCACACCCAACCACCUCCUGCUAUUUCUUCAAGCCUUAAUUGUGCAGCCGGAGCAGGUGAUGGUCUGACUGCUCCCUCUGCAGCUCAGAGCCAACAACCUGAGCUGCAGCCCUCUGUAGAAGGCAGCAGGUCAAAGGUCAUAGACCAACAUCUGUCUAACGGCCGGCUGAAGAAGAGCUCAGAGAGGGACUCGUCAGAGGACACAGACUCGUCUCUGGCUGCAGCUCUGACCAAAGAUCUCAGUCUGUUCAGGUUCCUGAAGUUUCUGAAUCCUGGCAGCAGCUACCAGCAGGCAGCUCCCAGUGUCGGUCAGCAUGAAGAGCUCAAAGACUGUCCACCUGAAGAGACGCCUGCAGCCUCCAGCACCUGCACGGGACAGGAAGUUAGAUCAGUGGAGUCGGGAGCAGCAGGGAAGACGUGGAGGACUGAAGAAGACUGGGCCUGUGCACGGCUGUUGGAGUGGUUGAACCCGGAGCCUCUGAACCCGGAUCCAGCCGCUGCAGACGACGCGGUUGCUCCCAAGGCUCCCAGGGAUCCCAGGGGGAGUGGGGUUCUGGUGCACUCUGCCUUCCCAGUGGAGCCCUGCACCUGCCUGGAUGAUGCCCCCAUCACGGAUGCUCUCCGCUGGGUGUUGCUCAGGAAGCAGUACAGUCUGAGUCCAGCUGAGCGUUACAGCUGGCCGGCUGUGGCCCGAGGAUGCAACACCGUCAUCAUCUCCCCCAACGCUGCCCAGCCACUCUGCUACCUCGCCCCGCUGCUCACCCACAUCCUGCUCAACUCCAUCUACACCUGCCUAACCUCCACCGCAGGCCCGAUAGCGGUGCUGCUGUGUCCAGGCUGGGUCAAAGUCCAGGCCGUGUACGAACUGCUGGAGGAGAUGAAGGUCACCUCCGUCCUCCAUCCUGUCAUCGCGCUGCUGGGCGUCGGGAAAGACGAGGCGACGGCUGUGAAGAUCCCCAAAAACUGUCUGCUGUUGGUGACCACUCCCUUCAGUCUGGUCCGUCUGCUGUCCUGUCACUGCUUCCUGUUCCUGCGUCUGUACCACCUCGUGCUGGACGAGGCCGACCUGCUCUUCACUCUGGCUCCAGAUCAGAUGGCCACCAUUUUGCAGCAUUUCCAGAAGGUGACCUCCAGCGAGAAGAAGGCUUCCUGUCCUCAGCAGCUCGUCGCUGUGGCCAGAAGAUGGACCAGUCACAUGGAGGGUUUGUUAGCCAAUCACAUGCCUUCCCCCUGCAUUGUCAUGAGCGUCCCUGAGGAAGCUGCUCUCUAUGGUGACGUUCAGCAGAUCAUCCUCAUGACUGUGGAGAGCAGUAAGGUCUCAGUGCUGUUGGGUGCGUUGGAUUUCAACCCUGAAGUCGGCCAGAAGACUCUGAUCGUAGCCAAAUCUGCUGCGGAGGUUGAAGACGUGUUCAAGGCCGUGAGCAACAAGUCAGUGUUCUGCCUCCAGACCCACGAGGGGUCAACGCACCAGUUUGACUCGGUCGUCCAGCAGUGGAGGAAAGACGUCGGCCCCGGCUCUCAUGUGAUUCUGGUGACGACCACCGAGUGUCUGAAGUGUCUGGGAGUCAGAGAUGCCACUUGUGUCGUCCACUACAGCUUCCCCACUUCCCCCAAAGUAUUCGGCGGCCGGCUCUUCUGUAUGUCCGAGAACUUCCGAAACCUUUGUGAACGAGAUCAGACGAGGAGCCGUCAUCUCACCAGGUCGGUGCUGCUGAUCUCUGAGAGGAACGCGUGUCACGUAGUCGGGGUUCUGCGUUACCUGGAGCGAACCAGCGCCCCGCUGCCCCCUGAGCUGCUGGCCUUCGCUCAGGGCGUCCAUGUGGCCCGGGAGGACCAGAAGACCAACAAGCCUCUCUGCAGCUACAUCAAGAGCUACGGAGUCUGCAGAGAUGGCACUUCCUGUCCCGACCGUCACACGUUGAUUCCCCAGCUGGACCAGUCUGUGCUUCCUGCCUGCGGAGUCAUAGAAGUUGUGCCUCUCUACAUAAAGACGGCUUCAGUGUUCUACGGUCGUGUUGUGAGGAUGGAGGACGGACGUUUUCAGAGCAUGGCGUCUGAGAUGACGUCUUACUAUGCCGACAAGAAACCCGGAGCCAUGGAGAUGCUGGAGGGAGGGUUGUACGCCGUGCAGGAGGACGAGCUCUUCCACAGGGUGAAGGUCCUGGCCGUCCCCGACAGAGGUGACCGCAUGUUCUUCUGCGUCUCCGUUCGGUUCAUUGACGUGGGAAAGGAAGAGGAGGUCAAAUCCCAUCAGGUCCUUGAGCUCCCGGAGCGUUUCCACUCGCUGCCCGGCCAGGCCGUGGAGAUCAUCGCCUGCCGGGUCAAACCGGUCGACGAAGAGACCGACUGGCACCCCAAGGUCACCAGAGCGAUCAGCCAGAAGAUCCGAGGCCUGCAGCACCGAGCCCAAGUGCUUCUCAGUCUGGGAAACACUGUUUUUGUUGAUCCCAUGGUGCGUAUGGCCCAGGUGCCAGGUGUGAAAACUGUGAUCAAUGAAUACAACGUGCAGUCAGAGAUCCUGAACUCUGGGAUGGGAGUCAGAAACCCGGAGCAUCUGGACCUGCUGAGGGCGCUCUGCCAGGAGAGCAAGGAGGCGGCUCACCACUCUGGGUCGGGCGGCGGCCCGGUGUCUCUGGAGCUCAGGAUCAAAGCUGAGGAGGAAGUUCUGGCUGAAGCCGUCAGAGCAGCUGAGGUCAGUCAGCUCGCUGACCUUCCUCACCUCGAGCCAUGUGAGCCACUCAGUCCGGUCUGUGCAAUGAUCCAGUCCCUGGUCCCAGCACCAGCAGAACUCCACCUGGUCCCAGUGUGUGUUCAGAAACUCCUGUUGGCCCGUCAGGAAGCUGUUGGACAGAGAAACAGCCCUGAGCAGAUGAGGAUCGGAGACGGAGGAGAACUUUGCUGCACGACCAGCGAGGCUGCUUCGCUGACCCGCGGUGAACAUCAAAGCAACAGCCAGCAGCUCAGCAGCACCAGAGAGACGGACCGUGCUGACGCCACAAAGAGUUUCCACCCUCCGGCCCGCUGGUACCAGACGUCCGACUCUGUGAUCGUCACGAUGAAGCUGAGGAACCCGGAGAGUCCGCGCUGCCACUUCUACGACGACAGAGUCGUGUACAGUUGCAGAGCGAACGAUCGGACCUACAGAGCCGACCUGCAGCUUCACGCCAACAUCGCUCCCGACCGCUGCUGCUGGGAAAUGAAGUCCAAUGAGCCGGUGCUCAAACUGGUGAAACAACAGCAGGGAUGCUGGGAGAGACUCCUCAGGAACAAGGUGCUGCAGAAUAUCUUUGUGAGUUACGACAUGGAGCACUUUGAGCAGGAAGAAGAAAGAAUCUCAAAUGGCCGGUGUUUUGUAGAGAACACAGGAAAGGACGACCGCUACGUGAACUCAGAGAGCGGCAGUGAGAGCGACUGAAGACGAACACUAAGAAACAAACACCAUCUUUCACUCGUGUCAUUAUUCUCAUCUGAGGGUCUGUUGUAUCGGUACCAUGCCCUUUGACCUCUGUAAUAAUAAAGGGAUCUGGGAACAGAAACUUCUUCGGGGAAGUUUGAGUUCAGACAAAACCUUUGUCAAAUGAUCUUCCCGACUCAUCAAACCUGAUUAAUGUAACCUCCCCGUCAGCGGGAGGACGGAAUAUAAUAUAAAGGUGAAGCAGGUGGAGAAAAAGUUGCUCACACAAUAUUUUAUCUUUUGGGUGCGUGGAGAAAUUAAAACUCGUGGAGAAAGCCGUAAGUGUUCUUGCAGAAAUGCCAAACAUUUAUUGUAAUCGUUGAUUCAGAAUCAGAAAUCCUUUAUUUGUCCCACGACGGGGAAAUUUACAUUGUUACAGCAAAGUAAUCAAUUGCAGGAGAAGUUUUACUCACGUUUGUUUUGAGCGGUUCAUUUAUGUUUCUGGUUUACUCUCAAACUGGGAGACGACAGGACCUUAAAGAUGGAUCCAGCCGAGUGCAUUUAAAUGAACCCGCUUUAACACACACGUGUUGCUCUUUGCUUUACUUGUUCUGUAAUCGUUUACUUAAUGUUAGUUUGUGAAUCCAAUAAAACCGAAGUUAUUUGUUCAGAAA